AUCGUCCGAUAUUUCUACACCCCAUCCCCGAAUCGCCUGAUUUAUGUCACAGACGUCAAUCGACAGUUUCUGCCGGGGGGAGUAAGGGGUGUGAAAAAGGGCAGAUAAACCUAAUAAAAUGCUGCCCCCCCCCUGUCCGCUGUAAACUACCGCCAGUGUUUACAACACGGAAAAUCCCGCACACGAACGUGUGCAUUUGGCGUCGUUGCGCGAAAUUUAGUUUUUCGCGGAAAAUCCACACACACACACAGCGACGAACGUGCGUGGUUGCGUGUUUGUGUGAACUGUGAAUAUUCGAAUUUUCCCUGUGUGUAUCCGUGUGUAGUGUGGUGGUAGAGCGCCGUCAGCACGCGCGCCCGGCCCUUGCUCAAUUUGUUCCUUGCGCCUUCUAAUUCAGCGCGAUCAUCCAACGCGACCAGUCGUCAGUCGACGAGCGGACAAACGACCGAACGAUCCACGGCGACGAGCGCGCGCGUGCUGUGGCCCUCACUCGGCGAGCAGUUCUCGAAACGAAACGAACGGGCGUAACGACGCAAGCAGAGAGCAAUACGGCAAAGCAAAAAGAAACGAAACGAAACGAACCAACUUUUAUUUUUUUUCGCGUAAAGUUCUGGUGCGUUCCUGGCCCGCCACGGAGACUUCGAUCGAUUGGAUUGGUAGUUCCAAUCGGUGUGUGAUUCCAAUAUCGACAAACUAGUGAGCGCGGAACUACGGGAGAGGAUAGUUUCUUUCUUUUAUGAAUGAAAUUUCAACCCUCCCAAACCGCACAGCAGAGUGAGACCCGUGGCGUAUUCGCAAUAGUGUGUGUGUGUGUGCGCGCGCGUGUUGUGUAACACUCUUACCCUCGUUAGUGCAUGCGAAAUCUGCGAAAUCUGCGAUCGAAAACGAGCGAACGAACGAUCGAUCAAUUAAGUAAUCGAACAAACUAACACAAACCACUGCCGCCGGCACAAUGUGCAACCAGGCACCGUGGCCCGUCCGGAAGGGCAUCUUCCGAUCGACCGGCCAGUCAGACUUUGUGCCGAACCGGACGCCCAGCCCGAUCGUGGAGUUCCCACUGUCACCGCCGCCGCCGAGCCAGCCGGGGUCUUCGCCUUCCCCGCUGGGGCCGAACAUGGCCAGCAAUCAGGGGAGCAGCAGCAACAGCAGCAAAUCCGGCAGUCCGGUCCAUUCGCACCGGAACGGCAUUCAGCUGAAUGUGGCCGGCCCGCACUGCAGCAGCCCGCGCGUCACGAUCGUCGAAAGUCCGCUCGGCAGUCCGGCCGGUAGCGUGCGGACGACGUUCGAAAUUCCGAUCGAAAGCGUUGUCCAGGUGAGGUCCAUGUCCGUGUCGCGCUCUCGGUACGUUCAGGGUUGAGGUGAGCGAGGAGCGGGAGGUGAGAAGUCCCGCGUACGUCCUUGACCGUCGGUAAACAAUGGGCGAGUUUCGGAAAUAGAAAAUCCCGAAAUGGAUGUGGACGCGCGUCCACAAAUAGAACAUUUUAUACUACUGGCCAUUAUUAACCUCGGGCUCGGCGUGGCGUAAAAUGGAGCGCCUCCCCCCGGUUCCAUUGCCGGGUGUUGUCGGGUGUGGGUAAGGGGGCGGCUGGUAAUAGAACAACGCGUGUGCCUGUGUGCGUGUGUGUUUUAGUUUCACUUUGCCCGCCAACAUCACCACCAACACCACCACUAACACCACCGGUAACAGUAUUAGCACCCGCGCACCUAUGCAAAUGUCUGAAACACGCGCGCGCGUCUGUGUACUAAAAAUAGUGCCACAUGAACAAAGUAAACGAAUGAAGUAAAGGCAAAAAAAGAAUAAAACACCACCAACGACCUACCUUUAGGUGGUGUCUGUCUGUGUGGUUCUGUCCUCACUGAAAAAAGAAUUCUACAACGAAAAAAACCUAACAAAUGCACCAACAAUUUGCUUGUUGUAACGCAUUUCAGUAUCUCGUUUGAAACAGCUUUGAACAACGUGUCGUACUCUGCUCCAACGAAAAAUUCCAACCAUCCUGCAACUCGUAAAAAAGCCGCUAUGACGUUAGUCGGUUGAUCGAUUGAAGCAAUUUACCGGGGCGUUUUUGGCUGUGGGGGCUGUUAUGAGAAAUGUUUACACACACACACACAUAAUGGCAGCUCUGUUGAAGAUAUGACUUUGUUGGAUGUUGGAGAUGCGAUCGAGAUGCGAUCGUGAGUUGUGUGAUCGGGAUCUGGAGCUUGCCGGUAUGAGGAGCAUUAGUUAGGGGGUUUUAGGUAGGCACCUGUUGGAUUGAAUUGAUCUUGAUGUGGAUUUAGGCUGUCUUCAGACGGGCUUGUAAAGCUUUGACAUUAACCAGAACCUAUCAAAAGGGUUUACACAGUGAUUGGAGUGCAUCCAGAAGUCUAUAUCUCAAGUUACACAGCACAGCACAUUCCGAAGAUAUCAGUAGCAAUGGGAAUCUCCCCUGUGUUUUUAGACCAAAAUUACAAUGAUGUAUUAGUACCUUUAACUCUCAUUGUCGUCCUGUGAUUCAACAACUAAAGGAUGACUACCUCAACGUUAGUUUGUUCACAGCAGUGUCUGAUAAUUCAAACAGUUUCGUCACAGUGCGUUAUCUGUCAUAUUGAACACUACAUGCUGUAGUGUUACAUGUACAACCAGUCUAAUUAAAUGUCCUCAAAUGUGUUGAAUGUCCGCGAGUAGUUAUCGCUACUGGAAAUCAACGAAGUGCGGGGUUUCAAGUACUGUCGGCACUACCUGAAACACAACUCUUCCACCACGUCACGUGUAACGCUGUAGCAAUUUUCCUAGCCAGUUUUAUCUAGUUGUGGAUAGAGUGGAUUUUGGUGCGCAAUGAAUUCGUACCGAGCAGAAGACUAACGAUGUUUUGAUUCUCUGCCGAAUGAUUACGAUAUAUAUAUAUGUAAGGGGGAUAGCUCGUGUCAGAACGUGUGAGCGGUGAGUGAGGUACUUUACCUAGAACGAAGUGUUGUGUGGGCGCCACGCCACCAUUAGCGACGCAAAAAGCUUACCAGCACUUUACUGAUACGAGCAGGUCUCUGCACUCUCUGCUCUCUCUCUCUCUGCUCUCUACUCUUUCUCUCUUCGAGCUAAAUUCAUAUAGAUAAGCUUAUCUGAUUGUAACGUUCUUUCACAACGUUUCUGCUCUGCUCACUCUUCAACAGGAAGCCCGGUCGUUAAAAAUGGGAGACUUUCAGCAGGCAGAGGCAAACAACAUUGCAGCUCACAGUCGGAAAGUACACAGUGACCACUU